AAAUCCCGUUGGCGGUAAGUUAAAAUGAAAAAAAGAAAAUGAUCAGUAUUAUCGAGAACUAGAGGUAAUAGAAGCAUUACGUUCACAAAACUGAAGAUGGAUGAUAUAUUCGAAAGUACGGAAAGUACUAGUGACGGUGAAGAAGAAGAGAUUUCAGCAGCUGAAGUUCUCCAAAAGUUAGAAGAAGCAUGGUUAAAUGAAAAGUUCUCUCCAGAACUGUUGGAAACAAAGACUGAAAUUGUUGAGUGCAUGAUGGACCAAAUAAAGGAAAUGGAGGAAAAUAUAUCCAGAGCGAAAAAGGGAGAUUUUAAAGUCAGUGUCCAUAGAAUGGAGCUUGACAGAAUCCGGUUUAUUCUUAGCAGCUAUUUAAGAACACGGUUAGAAAAAAUAGAGAAGAAUACGCAGUACAUUCUGGAACAGGAGUCUAACAGACCAGAGACAGAUGCUCCACAUCUCUCACCAGAAGAAUAUGCAUUUGCCAAAGAAUUUCAGGACCACAAUGAGAGCCACUAUAAACAAAUAGCCCUGCGCCAUAUGCCUCCCAAUCUACAGACUCUUGAUCCAAAACUUGCAAUGGUAAGACCAAACCUUGAUAGUUAUGUUUUUCUUCGAGUAAACCAGAAUACAGAAGGUGUGUUAGUAGAUGAAGAAACCAUUGAAGCAAGGGAAGAAAUCAUAGAUCUGGAGAAAGGAAACCAACACAUCAUAAAAUAUCGUCCUGUUGCUCCAUUGGUCAAUUCUGCAGCUGUGGCUUUGAUUUAGUACUUCAACAGCUGUGAUAUUAAUUCAGUACCAACAUCUGCAGCUGUCAUAUUGAUUUAGUACUAACUUCUGGAGCUGUGACAUCGAUUUGAUACCAAUUACCAAAUGUACUGAAUAUCUACUCAGACAUUGUAAUGCUUUUAUUGGAAUACAUGAAACACUUGGAAUGUUGGAGGGACAUUUGAAUCAUGUGGAUUUAAAUAGAGAAUUAUGCUCUAAAAGUGAAAAUAACUCAAUUUGUGGCAUAUCAUUAAAGCACAUGGCCCCAAGAAUAUACUGAUAUAUGACUAUUUGUGUUGAACAUAUGAACACCAAGCCUGGGAUAUACUGAAUAUGGCUACCUAUGUGGAACAUAUAUAGACACUUGGCCUUGGACAUAUGCACAGUAGUGUCGAUUUGGCUUGUGAACACUUGUGUUCCUUAAACAUUUAGGCUGUAAUGGCUAUGGCUGCAAUGUGAUAAACUAGUACAUGAACACGAGUGCUCACUCUUGGUUA